ACCAUGGUGAUUACAUAAAAGCAGAGAGAUUUUCCCACCGUGAGUUAGUCUACUGCAGAGCGCGAGAUGCAAAACACUUAAGAAGGGUUCUCGGAGUGGUGCUGAAGAGAUUUAUCUCGUGUGAGGAUAGGAAGUAAAAUACAGGGAUUCAGUGUGUUAAGUCCUCUUUGGCUUUUAAUAGUCUUCCUCCCAAGUCUAUUAAGGACGCAACAAAGUAUAAAAUAAUAAAAAUGUGGCAUUUAACGGUGGUGCUUUUAACUACAGUUACAAACCUCUGCUUUGCUUCGCAUUGGGGAUACCCAACACCACGACCCAAUGGGGAGGUCAUUGGCCCGGAAAAUUGGGGCGGUGCAUGUGAUACAGGACAAAAGCAGAGUCCAGUUGAUCUCUCAUUCAAAGCAUCUGUACGUGGGGAAUUUCCUGAAUUACUCUUUGAAGACUACGAUGAACCUAUUGUGGAUGCAAAAGUCCUCAACACGGGACAUUCAAUUCAAAUUAAUGUUGGAUCCCGGCCAAAUGUAGUUCUUUCCGGUGGAGGCCUGCCAAGUGAACAAUACGUCAUGGAACAAAUGCACUUUCACUGGGGAUCUGAGCAUACAAUCAACGGGCGACGGUAUGCUCUGGAGUUGCAUAUGGUGCACUUCGAUAGCAAAUACCCAAACGUACAGACAGCAGUGGCCAAUAAGGAUGGUGUUGCGGUGCUGGGGGUUCUCUUUUAUGUGUCAUCGCAGGCAAAUCCUGACCUAGAAAAUAUUCUCAAUAGCUCAAGAACAGCAAAGGACGGUGUGGGCAUGUCUGACCCUUUACUCCAACCCCUCGCCCCAGAAACUUUGCUUCCUCAAAUACGAGACUCAUACUUUCGCUACGAAGGAUCUCUAACGACACCCAGUUGUGGAGAGGCUGUUAUAUGGACUGUCUUCACACAAUCUCUGCCCAUUUCCUUUGACCAAUUGGAACGUUUUAAGACCAUCAAAACCAACAAUGGAACCCUUCUCACCCACAACUUCCGCACUGUUCAGCCAUUAAAUGCCCGACCGUUAGUCUAUGUAGCUCCAAUUGACUACGAAUUGGAAAAUUCAUCUUCAAACACCAUGAAAUUUUCCUCAGCGCUUGCCAUCUGUAUCUUCGUAGCGUAUCUAUUUGCGUAGAGAGAAUUUUCAAAUCAUUCUUUCAUGUGUUUCCCCCGAAGCUACAUUACAUACAUAUACAAAAAAAAGCUUCCUUGCAAUAGUUGUAGGAAAUUAUGUGCCAAAAGAAAAAAGUUCAAUGUAGAAAAGUGAUGAAAAUUUGUCUGUUGUAAAUUAUACUAGUCAAAUAAAAUAUAUGUAAUUGUUA